UUAUUGAGUUUCAUUUAGUUAUUCUUAAGGAGAAAUGUCUACAAAUGAAAAAUGGUAUGGGUCUGACGAAAAGAGUAAACGUACUCUAAUAGAAUUCUUAGAUUACGUUUGGCGCAAAGAAUGUAAGCCUGGAUCGGAUUUAAUUGUUUAUAUUGGAGUGGAUGGAACCAAAUUUGAGUGUCAUAAACUCGUGCUUGCAUGCCAUUCUAAAUAUUUUGAAUCUAUGUUAGGUAUGACUGAAGCAGGAAGCGACGCUAAAAAAAACACAACAGACUUACAUUCAAAAAAUGAUUUGUCUGAGAGUUUUUGGCAAGAACAAGGUACUUACAAGCAAGAAAUUAUUUUAGGCCCUCAUACCUCUGUAACCGGGGAUAUCUUCAAAAAGGUUCUAAGGUUUAUGUACACAUUAGAAAUAGAAAUAGUUCCUGAUGAAUGCCACAAAUUUUGGGCAGUCGGAGAAGCCCUGGGGAUGCCUCACUUGCAGAAACUUUGCCUUGAAAAAGAUCCACAGGCUGAAGAGCGUGGUAAGAAACAUUUAAGUGGGGCCAUACCAGAGGAUCACAAAGUGUUUGCAAUUACCAAAGUUGCAACCCCGCCUCCACCACCUCCUCCUCCCAAGGCACUUACACCUCCCCCACCUCCACCCCCUCCCCCUCCCCCACCAACUGCCAUUACGGCUCCCAAAGAAGCCACCCCUCUUCCUCCACCUCCUCCACCCCCUGAACCUGCAGCUGUCCCAGAACCCACAGUUAAACCAGAACCAGCUAUAGCUGAGGAUGCUCCACCGCCUCCACCUGAACCAGAAACAGCGCUGGAACCGUCAGCUGAUGAGCCUUCAGUGGAUGAAGAAGUUAAAGAUGAAAAAGCGGCUAAAGGUAAAAAAGCACCUGCAAAAGGUGAAAAAACACCUGCUAAAGGCGGAAAACCUCCUGCUAAAGGUGGUGAUAAAACUCCUGUCAAAAAGGAAUCCGCGGAAGAUAAAGCACCCUCCAAGGCGGCUGCAAAGGAAAAAAAAGAAGGCGGUGCGAAACCUGGCGCUAAAGCAGCCAAGAAAGAUGACAAAGCUGCUGAUGGUGGUAAAGAGAAAAAAGAAGGUGCCAAGGCUAAAAAGAAGAAAUAA